AAAACCGACCCAUACCGCCCUGCCGGCUAGAAACCCUAGCCAUUUCCCUCCUUCGCGGAUGCGGGCUACUCCUCCUUCCCCGACGCCGGCGCGACGCGGACGUGGACGAGGAGAUCGCCGUCGACUCGGACGGCGGCGCCGUCCCGGUCCGCCACGUCUCCUGGGGGUACUCCCCCUCGCCCUUCUUCCCCGAGUCUGACUUCGGCGGCGACGACGGCGGCCCCGUCCUGCCCCUGCCCGCCGAGAUGGGCAGGGAGGAGGGCGCCCUCGUCCGCGAAUGGCGCAGGCAAAAUGCUUUAGUUCUCGAGGAAAAAGAACGGAAGGAGAAGGAGCUACGGGCCCAAAUAAUUGCUGGAGCUGAAGAGUUCAAGAUAGCUUUCUAUGAGAAGAGGCUACAGACCUGUGAGACAAAUAAGGUCCAUAGCAGGGAAAGAGAGAAGGACGACCUGCUGCGGAACAACCUGGAGCCGAAGAACCUGAAGACAACUUGUGCAACAUCAUUUUCUAGCAAGAUACAUGCUGGAGAUCCUGAAGACAACUCUAGUGAAAUUUUAUGUUUAUAUUGUAAUAACGAGCAUGACUGAGUCUUUUUGCUCCAAGUCACCGUGACAAAAAAAUUAUGUUCAUACUAAUAAUGAGCUUGACUGGUUCUUGUU